ACCAAUAUGCUGGGAGAAAGAGCUGGACAACAGGGGUUGUCCUUUUCAGGAGAUGUUGCCACUGAACUGUAAGAUUGUUAGUUGGUGCUUCCUUGUGCUGCUGCUGCUGGACAUUGGGUGUCAGGUCACUGCUGUUGAGUAUACAUUCAAACACAGAUACAGCUACAAGAAGAAGCGAGAUGACAAACGUUACAAGAAUGCUAAACAGAGGUGUGAUAUGUCCGGUCAAUGUCAGGGUAUUUAUGGGAUUGAACUAACAAGGUGCCUUCGUCAGUGCAUGUCUAAACGCUGCUACAAUGAAUUGUAUGCUGAUGACAAGCUAGAAGAAGGUGAAAUUGAUGUGAGAUUAAAUUCAUUCAAAGGCUGUUUAUACCAGAAUCCAACUGGGGAUUAAAAGGAAUGCAUCGACUUUAUGAUUGUGACACUGGUGUAAUUAGUUACAACAUACAUCAUUGCACUCAUUAGUAGUUUUGUGUGUUGCUGAUGAGAGACAAUAGUGACAUUCCUUGCAGACAUUUAAUAAUUGAGAAUAUUUU